UCAGCACGCAGAUACCGCAAUUACAAUGUACUUCUCACUAUAUCAGCGACGAUUCAAACGUCACUUGUCACUCUCUAGCUUAAGAUCACACCAGUCUUCUCCUUUGUACUUAUCGCCGCCUCCAUCUUUCGCAAGGUGAAACGCUGUGAAAAUCACGCAAUAAUUAGAACUAUUUGGUGGCAUCUUUCGUCAAAACUUUAUUGCUUCCCUCGCUGAUUCGUAACAGUUGAAGAACCGGAUCCAGAUGGCUUCAACAAUGCUUUCUAUAGCUUCAGCUUCUCCUUCGGCUUCGCUGUCCAUGCACGAGACUCUCAAGCGGGGGAAGGUUAAGCUUGGGAGUGUCAAAUUGACUCCAGGUUUGAUGAUGAAGACAAAGUCUUUUGGCCGGGUAUCUAUGGCUGUUGCAGUCAAUGUGUCUCAUUUUGAGGGUGUAACAAUGGCUCCCCCUGAUCCUAUUCUUGGAGUGUCUGAGGCUUUUAAGGCAGACACAACUGAUAAGAAACUCAAUCUUGGAGUUGGAGCUUAUCGAACUGAAGAGCUACAGCCUUAUGUGCUUGAUGUUGUUAAGAAGGCAGAGAGUAUUAUGUUGGAGAGAGGGGAAAACAAAGAGUAUCUCCCAAUCGAAGGUCUGGCAGCAUUUAAUAAGGCAACUGCAGAGUUGUUAUUUGGAGCAGACAGCGCAGCUCUCAAGGAACAAAGAGUUGCAACAGUUCAGGGUCUAUCAGGAACUGGUUCUCUGAGACUAGCCGCAGCUCUUAUAGAACGAUAUUUUCCUGGAGCACAGGUUUUAUUAUCAUCUCCUACCUGGGGUAAUCACAAGAAUAUUUUCAAUGAUGCUAGAGUUCCAUGGUCUGAAUACUGUUACUAUGAUCCAAAAACAGUUGGUUUAGAUUUUGAGGGGAUGAUAGCUGACAUAAAGGCAGCCCCUGAAGGAUCUUUUAUUUUGCUCCAUGGCUGUGCUCACAAUCCUACUGGCAUCGAUCCAACCCCUGAACAGUGGGAAAAAAUUGUUGAUGUCAUUCAAGAGAAAAACCACAUUCCAUUUUUCGAUGUUGCAUACCAGGGAUUUGCAAGUGGAAGCCUUGAUGCAGAUGCAUCAUCUGUUAGGUUGUUCAUUGAGCGUGGUAUGGAGCUUCUAGUUGCCCAGUCAUACAGUAAAAAUCUUGGGCUUUAUGCAGACAGGAUUGGAGCUAUCAAUGUUGUCUGCUCAUCAGCAGAUGCAGCAACAAGGGUAAAGAGCCAACUGAAAAAACUUGCUCGACCUAUGUACUCAAAUCCUCCUAUUCAUGGAGCUAGGAUUGUAGCAAACGUUGUUGGUGAUCCGACUCUCUUCAAUGAAUGGAAAGCAGAGAUGGAAAUGAUGGCCGGAAGGAUAAAGAAUGUGAGACAAAAACUUUUUGAUAGUCUCUCAUCUAAAGAUAAUAGUGGCAAAGAUUGGUCAUUCAUACUUAAGCAGAUUGGCAUGUUCUCAUUUACAGGCUUGAAUAAAGCUCAGAGCGAUAACAUGACAAAUAAGUGGCAUGUAUACAUGACCAAGGAUGGAAGGAUAUCAUUGGCUGGAUUGUCUUUGGCCAAAUGUGAAUACCUUGCGGAUGCCAUUAUCGAUUCAUUUCACAAUGUCAGUUAAAAUCGUUGGAUCAUGAGAUACUUAUAAGAAGCAAGCCAUUGAUACUUCUGGUUAGUUUCAUAUACAAUCAUUAUUUACCUUUUUUUAAGUAUGAGAGCUUGUAAUAAUUCAAGUGCCUGGUAAAAAAGUCUGCAACCCGAGUUCUGAUUGAUAUGUGAAGCAAUAAUUUGUUAGUGUUCUUAUUUUUCUCUUGAAAGAGGAAUUUAACAACUCUUUCCAGAUCCUCAUAGCAAUAUCUAGAAAUGGUGGGUGUUGAUGAGUA